AUGGCCGGCCAUUCACCACGACAUGCAGGCUUGGUACCUCGACCCAAGUUAACCACUACUUUAUGGGAAGAUGAAGGUACUAUUUGCUACCAGGUGGAUGCAAAUGGCAUUUGUGUUGCGCGACGUCAAGAUAACGACAUGAUCAACGGAACCAAACUCCUCAAUGUGGCGGGAAUGUCUCGCGGCAAACGUGAUGGUAUCCUGAAAAACGAAAAAGGACGCGUCGUCGUCAAAGUUGGCGCAAUGCAUCUUAAAGGUGUAUGGAUUACGUUCGACAGAGCCAAAGCACUUGCAAUACAAUAUAAGAUCCAAGAUAUCUUGUACCCUUUAUUUGUGGAUGAGCCAACCGUAUUUUUGUACACCCCAUUACAUAAUACGAUUGCUGGUAAUCGUAUGAAUGGGAUUUCAAGCACAUUUCGGCAACAACAAGGGACAUACCAGAGCCCUUUCCAUCCCGGUACACCCUGGGAACGAAAUAGCAGCACGAUGACAGACGUAAUGCCACCACCCAAUCCACAUCAAGAGCAUGGUAAGCUGCAAAACACAUGUCAUUUUCUAUUUGUACGCCUAUAA